AUGGGCUUCACAGUUUCCCUGAAUAAGGCUUGUGGACCUACAGCCAGACAGUGCAGGGAAAUCAGCUGGCAGAUCAUUCCUAAGGUGGGACCUGGGGGUUUGGAAGCAGAACCCACCAGAUCCUGGGCAAGCAGGAAGGUUAUCGGCGCCCUUCAGCACAGACGGAAGAAGGCGUCCGCUACCCGGUUCAUCCAGGGGCUGCGGAACUGGGCCUCUGGGCGAGACUUGCAGGCGAAGCUGCAGCUGCGUUACCAGGAGAUCGCCAAGCGGACUCAGCCUCCUCCCACACUCCCCGUGGGCCCCAGCCACAAGCUCUCCAGCAAUUACUAUUGCACUCGUGACGGCCGCCGGGAAUCCGCGCCACCCUCGGUUGUCGGGUCCUCACCGAAGGCGCUGGCGUUAGGCAAGCCAGCAGAGAGCUCAGCUGUGGCGACCACUGAGAAGAAGGCAAUGACACCAGCUCCUCCCAUGCAGAGGUGGGAGCUGUCCCAAAACCAGCCUUACCUGUGACCUUGCUCUGGGCCACCUGGCUGUGCCCUCAGGGCCACCUGAGUGCUUCCCCUCCUUGUCUUCCCUCCCGGAAGAACGUGACCUAACUUAUGACAAAUAUAUCGUGCUCUACAGUAAAAAAAAA